AUGAAAUACAUACCCCCAUUAAAUUUCUCACCAGUGGUAAGCACAGAUGUAUCGUUAUACCGAUCAGGGUACCCAAUGUCGCUGAACUAUAGUUUCAUCAAGGACCAACUACAUUUGAAGACAAUAAUAUAUAUCGGCGACAAAGAAACGCCGCUGGAGGAGUAUCAGAGUUUCUUGGACCUAGAAAGGAUAAAAUACCACCAUAUUUUCAUGGAUUCCAGUCGUGAUGAAGGGAUUCAAGAAAGGAUGAACCAAGUAUUAAACUUGGUACUGGACGUUAGGAACUACCCCAUUUUAGUGCAUUCCAAUAAGGGCAAGCAUCGUGUAGGAGUGGUGGUGGGAAUCAUAAGGAAACUACUACAAGGCUGGACCACUGCAGGCAUAUACCAAGAGUACGGGUUGUUUUCCGGUGGGAUGAAAGAUGGAGUGGAUUUGGAGUUUAUCACGAUGUUUGAAACCAAUCUGAAGAUUCCAAGAGACAUUAUUCCUGGGUUUGCUAGAAGAUGUUUGUAUUUAAAUGAGCUCGAAGGCGAGGAAGGAAGUGGUGACGAAUCGGGAAGCGAAUCCAUACUUACCGCGAAGCAGUCAAUGUGA